CACAACAGUAGAUCUCUGUGUCUGCAGUGAGUCAGGUUACAGAGUGCUCUUAAAACACACCUGAGGGAGACAGAGCAGACAGAUAGUAAACGCAGCACGACAGACACCAAAUAACCCCGAGAAGGAGACACAGGAGGGAUACGGUUCCCCGGCUGCACCAUGCUGGCUCCCUGGAGAUGCUUGGGAUGGACUCUGGCCUUUCUGCUUGCUGUGUCAGAGACCCUGGCCAUUGAAGGUGAGCAGCCUGAUAACUGGCUUCUCAUGGGGUGCAGAGUGAUGCAUGAGCUCCAAGGAUGUAGCUUGAGAUAUUGCCUGACAUGUCAACUUUUAGGUUAUAAUAUUGUAAUGCACUGCGGAAUAUGUUGGAGCUAUAUAAAUGCCAAUAAUAAUAGAAGGUGCGUUACCCACCUUCUGCCAUAGGUAAGGGGCCCUUAGAGCCAGCUGAUAGCAAGGGCAGUGAACUAAACAUUGAAAACCUUGAACUUUAAGUAUGCCGGUAUGGGGCAACGUAAAUUCCUUAAUUCUUUAAUCUCACGUGUAACAGGUCAAGGCGUACAUGGAAAUAUAACCACCGUACACAAGGUAGUGCAUAGCACAUGGUUGCCAUCAUGUUGUGGUUUGUAUGACAUGUCCAAGAGAGACUUUUCCUGUGAGAUACCUACUUGUUGGUAAUGUCCGUACCACCUCGGCAGUGGUUGCGGUGCAUGCUAGUUUGUCUACAUUUGGCCAAGUGUUUAAAAGACAGGUCAUGUCCUUUUGGGUGCUUAGAUUUUGAUUAAUUGCUUAAUGAAUGGAUGUUGGGCAGUAUGGUGUCGGGAAGUUGGGUUGAGUUUUUCAGGGUGAAUUGAUUAGACAGUAACUAAAUGGUUUAUAUUUUGAGAUACUUGUUCCAUUUGGCUGCUGUUAGAUGUUUUAAUGUUGUUUAGAUGUUCGGGUGAUGCUUAGUGGACUGUUUAUUAUAUACGGCUAAACUGUUAAUUACUGCCUUGUUAAGUGAAGAUUUUAACUUCUGAGUGAUUGUGGAACUUAGUAAAUCAAAUGACAGUAAGAUUCUCCAAAUAUUCUUCCUUUAAUAGUCUAUUUAAGACAUUUAUACCAAGUUAUUAAAAAGGUCUAAUAAUUAUCCUGAUAAAAAAAAAAGAAAAAAACUUUACAAAACUAGUAAUAUUUGUAGAACUUCAUUAAAUAUAUGACAUACUACUAAAUAAAGCAUUUAUUGAAAGUAUAAGCCAAAGUCAAACCAGACAACAAUAUAAAGGAAUUGAUUGCAGAUUAUGUGACCCCGAAUGUCCUCAUACAUUCUAUCAAUGAAACAGUGAUAAACUGCCCACUUGUCCCUGGUGUUAAUAAGUGAUGUAGAAAAUACGCGCAUCACAUAGCAAGUUAUAUAUGUAUAGCCAAUACUAUAUCCAGAAUAUUGUCACAAUCCAUGGGGUUAUGGUUAAUUGAUUUGCCAUAUUAUCCUGGAAUAUGAAUUCUACUUAAUGAAGAGCUGUACGUUUAAUUUACUACUCAUCAACCUGAAUUAAAUGUAGUGUCCCAAACAAAUGGGUGAUCUGUAAGUAAUCCUAUAUUGGCAGCACUAUUUAUAAUUGCUAUUCUACUUUAUACAGAGACAGAGUUGGGUGUAGACCACUCACCCUCCAUUUACCUCUUUAAAAUAUUCAUUUAUUCUGGCUAUGAAUAUUUAGAUGCAGACAGCACUGUUUUUUUUUUUUAAAUAUUACCUGCUUUAGAUUUUCCUUUGAUCUCGGGGAAUGUAUGGUAUUUAUAAACUGAUAGGUAAGGUGUGGUAAUUAUAAAUUGUGGACUCCACUCGUCAGACUUACUUUUUGAGCAAUAACGCUUAGUUUGCGCAGAGAUCCGUCUGCGGCUUGGGUAAUUAAAUGGUGGCAGUAAUUAUGCAUAACCAGAUUAUAGUUUACUUAAUGCGGUUUGAUCUUUUCUGUCCAGUUACAAUAGUUCACUCCAAAAUCUGAUCAAUGCUAUAGAAAAAAAAACCCACUUAUUUACUAUAAGGUUUCGAAAACGACCAUUUAGCUGUAAUUUUGCUGGACUCAGUUUGAUGUUCCUGCAGAUUUCAAUGUUAACACAUAGAUGAACUGCAAGGUUAAUGCUAAGUCUCAUUUUAGCUCCAAUAUUCAGUGAAACAUGAUAGGAUGUUGCAGGUUCCUAAGAAGUAGAUAUUUGUGUAUACUGGUGAAUAAUGAAAUUUGGAUUGUAUGUCAAGUUCUGCCAAGUAGCAGAUACGUUUCUGUAAAUCAGGGAAUAGAUCCAAAAUUGGCUAAACGAGCAAUCCACACAAAUAUACCUCUGCAUUCCCUCACACACUGAUAGUCCACACGAAUACACCCUUGGAUUCACACAUGUGCACUGACAGUCCACACAAACGUACUCCUGCAUUCACACACACACACAUUGACAGUCCAUACAAAAACACCUCUGCACUCCCCCACACAUACACUUACAGUCCACACAGUAUACCCCUGUAGGCCUGUACAUAUUCCCACACACGUACACUGAUGGCCGAUGCAAAUAUACCCCCACACUUCAACAUACACACUGACAGGCAUGUAAAUAAGCCCCUAUAUUCCUACACACUGACAGUCCACACAAAUAUAACCCUACAUUCCCACAUACACACUGGCAGUCCUAACAAAUAUACCCCUACAUUCCCACAUACACACUGGCAGUCCACACAAAUAUACCCCUACAUUCCCACAUACACACUGGCAGUCCACACAAAUAUACCCCUACAUUCCCCCACACACACUGGCAGUCCACACAAAUAUACCCCUACAUUCCCACUUAUACACUUGAAGUCCACACAAAUACAUCCCUGUAUUCACACACACUGACACUCCGCACCGUGAACAAGCAACAUUUUGUUCGCAUUGUCCACAUGUAUUUUGAGUUGUCAAACAAAUUUUAGGCCUGGCUAGUAGCUUAUGUCUAGAAGUUACCUACAGACCAUUUAUCUAAUUUAGAACUCCAUUAGAAAAGUAUUUAAAUCUAUUUGCUCACAGUGAGGUUAUGAAUUACAGGGACCCAAAUCCAGCCUGACCAUACAAGGAAAUAAUGAAAUUCAUCUGAAAAGGAGACAAUGGGAGGAUUUACGUGAAAUGAUGCUUUUUUUGUGUGUCUUUUAAAUACAAAAAGAGACAAGAGAGCAGGGUUUUAUAUUGUUUUCUAUACUCUAAUAACCAUGGAAUGCAAUCAUGUUAUGACCUGACGAGACUGGGAGGGAUAGUUUGUGCGAUCAUUACUAGCAGGGAAAAUUAAAUAUAAUGCUGGCAUCAUGUGUGCUGAAAAUGGACCCUGUUGCCAAAAUGCCCUGAGCUGGUAAACGGCAUAAUAAAUAUAACAUUAUUUGAUCAUAUAGAAUUCAUACGAAAACAGAGCUCUUCAACACAGAGGAUACAUUGGGUUUAUUCAUAGUCUGUCCUGAAAGGACAUGGGACCUCCAUGACAUAAUAUAAAUUAUUUGCCAUGGGAACCACUGCCUGAUCUGUAGACUGGUGUCUGUGGUAAGGUGUGUGCAUUAUUAGACACAGGAUGAAUGUAAUUGGAAUGACACUUGGAGUUUUUAAAAGUCUAUUAGAUUUAAAUAAACUAAAUUUUUUUUUUAAAUAGCUUUCUUGCAUUUUUCUUCGCAAGUAGCAAGUCUCCAUAGCAAGCCAGUAACCGACCUCAUGCUGAUGAGUUGCAUUAAUAACGAAACAGCUGUCCAUGAGUAUUUCAUUGGCUUUGCAUCUCUUCCUGAGUUGUUUAAAAGCUAUUGUAUACAGCAAACAGUAACUCCAAGGAAUCCAUGUUUAAAAUGGAAUAAUGAAGCAAAAAUUUAAAUCUUUGUUGAAAUAAUAGCAUAUGCCCACCCAGAAUCCUUUGCGGUAGUAACACCACUGCAAAUGUGUGAUUUCUGUGGAAAAAGCAAGUCUUGUGGCUUGACUGGUGUGCAGAUAUAUGUUUAACAUUUUGACUAUUAUUUUUUUUAAUGAUAUAUCUUGAUUUUUUAAAAAUUAUAUAACUUAACAACCAUGUUGUGACAGAUUCUACUAUUAUCUGACCAACUGCCGCUCAACCUAACUUGCAUAACAUGGCUGCUCAGUCAGAUAAAACAGUGAACAUUUAUCAAAGAAAAUCAAUAUACAUAAUUUAAUAGUAAAUAAAUGUCAUUACAUUUAAUAAAUAAGAAGUGAACAUUUGAUGACAGUUGUCCUUUAAAUAUAUCACACUUUCUAUUGAGCUUCCUCGAUGCCAACUGGGACUUGGCACAGUGUCCCUCUUCAGUAGUGAUAUUUCCUCUUUCUGACCCAAGACCUUCUGUGUCUCUUUUUUGUUCCAGGUCUUUUUUUUUUUUUUCAGUUUUCAGAAUAUGACGUGUGUGUAUGUGUGUAUCAUACCCAAAUAGCAGUAAUACUGCUGGUUAAUUGUAAAAUUUGAGGAACUCGUUUAGAUAUUGGUUUGUGUAAAUAAAAUACAUUGUACUUUUUAUUUCUCAAUUAGCUGUGUACAUGAAGGGUUACGGAUACAUACUUGCAGGCAUUAGCACACAUGAGGAUGGGAUGAGUGCUAGGUGGGGCCAGCAUGGGGGUGUGCAGGUGGCGUUUACGGACAUGAAAUGUAUCAUGUAAACAUGGUUAAUAUGUGUUUCAUUAGACUUCUCCAGGCCAAGUGUCAUCUCAGUACACAGCAGGCUGGCACUACAGCCAAAAUUAUUAAAGCAAUGUUGAACUGCUAGAGGGGGAGCUAAAAUGGCCUCCUUAUAUAUUACUCAGAGUGCAGUGCAUGCGGUCACGAUAAAUGUAUUCCCAGACUCUGGGUGACCGAGCCUCUCUGUUGAGUGAUUGGGUGGAUUGUAUGUGACUCUUCUGUCAAACAACAAACUUGUGUGAUUUGAUAAAUCUACUCCACUCUGGCCUCACUCUCUAAAGGUUUGUGUACCUCUCACUGUCCAUUUGAAAUCUUGGGUGGAAUGUUAGCAGUUGAAGACUUGACAAUCAUACACUAUCCGUCAUCUACUUUACACUCCCUGACAAGCGCUUGUUUGUCUCAGUAGUGCAAAAAAAACCUGUAAUUUGAACAGAAAAUUUUUUCACUGAUACACAUUACUUAGCUUCUUCAAAGAGCUAAUAAUCUAUGUAUCGGAGUGAAUUGGAGACUGAAUUUAUCUGAAAUCUGUAAGAUUUACAAAGAGCUUGGGGCUAUAGGAAAUAAUGUGAAGGUAUAAAGUGAGGGAGGUGAAGGAUACUGGGGCCCAGUCAUAGAAAACAUGUGUUUGCAAGAUGACUGUGGAAGUUAAAGAGGUUUCUGUUUAUAUUCACUUUGAAAAGAACAAAUUCACAGUGAAAUGUAUGCUGUUUGUAACUACGUCAAAACAGGCUGUUAAAGAAUAGUAUCAAAAAGCAGGCAAAACUUUUACAACUUACUCUAUGUAUGUUCUUUCUUAGAACCUAAGUAAGUAUUACAUUCAAUAAACGUUCAUUGAGCUUAUAUGUAAACAGUCAUAAAGAAGAAAAAAUGACAGAUCAAUGUACAAGAGUGAUCCGUAAGUUUUAGCUCACCUGCGCUGCUACAGAGUGAACUUAAACCAAUUUUAAGAACAGACUGAUCCCACCCACAAGGGUAUAUUCUGUUUGUUGAUCAGUUUAUUUUAUAUGAAUUGUGAUUGUUAAUGGCAAAUAAUAAGAUUUUAUUUGUUAUUUUAUCUCUUUAUCUUCACUGCGCACCAGUCUCUACAUCUGUCUGCAACUGUAAUGGCCGCACCCAUCAGUGUGUGUUUGACCCAGAUUUACUGGCACAGACAGGCUCCGGGUUCCGUUGUAUUAACUGUAAGGGAGGUACUGAUGGCCCAAAUUGUGAGCGCUGCAAGGAGGGGUAUUAUCCACUGCCUGGGGGCAACUGUGCGCCCUGCUCCUGCGAUGCUAAAGGUAAGUUGAAUGCAGUCUUAAAGCAGAUAGGGCACAUGCCCCUUUGUUCCCUAAAUCACGUGCAUUGUCCAGUAGAGUGCUCUGUUUGUUAGUGUUAUGGUUUGAGGUAUAUUUACUAAAGGCCGUAUUGUGGUAGGAUGGGACACUAAAUCUGCUUGACAAAUUUCCUGUUUAUUAAUCCCAUUCGAAACCUAGAUUAGGUAAAUCCCUUGCUAUUGACAACCCUGACAAUACCCAUGGCAGUCUAGUUAUAUAGUGGAAGAUGUUCCCUAUUCACAUAAAAUUAGAACAAAAGCUAAGCUCCAACCUACCGGACCAGAUAGUUGUCUGUUCUCCUGACCCUAUAACUAGACUCAGACCCAUACUUAGGGAAACUGAUCAGAUUGAUUUGUUUGUCCAUAGACUGAUGGGUAUUUGAUUCAUUUAACGCAGCUGAAAGGAAUUUCUAAUCGUUGAAAUGCUGUCAUUAGCAAGAUCUCAUAGAAUUAAUAAUGGGAAACACCAAAGCUAGUGAAUAGAAGCUGCUAGAUAUUAAACCAGUUACUAUCUUACCCCUGCAAUUCCUUAACAAUUUCCUUCUUAUUACAGGCUCUCUCAGCCCACAAUGUGAUAAUUUUGGAAGAUGCAGCUGUAAACCGGGUGUAAUGGGUGAGAAGUGCGACCAGUGCCAACCUGGCUUCCAAUUCCUUACUGAGGCUGGCUGCAGGUAUUUAGAAUAAUUUGUAAUGAGUAAUAACAACAAUGCAAAAUAAAGUAUUUGCUAUGGAAGCAGACGUAAUGUCACUUUUUGUCUUAAAAAACGGUAACCGAUACAUUGUUCUAUCUAAAUUUCUAGAAUAUGUAUGCAUUACACAUUUGAUGUCAGGAACAGUAAUGGGCACUACCAUUGUACCUUAAGGUGCUUCAUCUUCGACUCCUCGUAUGCACGUACUCUAUUAAAUCCAGGAUGUAGUGGUCGGGACUCAAGCUAGGAAAACUUACCUGCACAUAAAUAAAGAGGAAACUAACAAGAGAUUGCCUGCAAUAGCGUCACAAUAGGGGGCACACAAUUUGUUUGACAGGCUCACUUAAAAAAAAAAAAAAAAGCACAGUGAAUAGAUCGUCAGCUUUAAACAGAUUGUGAGUUCAAUCUAUUCACUGUGCUUUUUCUUUUUUUAUAUUUUUUUAUUAUAUUUAUUCUCGAUCAUGUCAAAUGUAAUUACUAUAUGUGUUUACUUCAUACCCAUUGGUUUCCUUGGCAAUCAUAGCCAUGUGAUUAUGGUUGGGAGAUCUCUAAUCAUUGUGGGUGGCCACCCAUUACACACAGGUGUUACUCAUGGAUAACUUUUGUUUGGGAUAUUAAAUAGGUUUUUUUCUCCUUAUUUAGUAUGCUCCCUUGAUAAAGGCACAUACACCGAAACGUUGGGGGCUAUCUUUUGAUUUUUUUUCACCCUCCUCUCACUCAUUCUGACUUUCUAUUUUGGAUAUUGUGUAAUACCUGUGAUUUUUUUUGUACCUGUAUAAUAAAGUGCAUUUUAUUUUAGUUGGUUGAACUCCUCAUUCAUUAUUAUAUGUUUAAAUCAUUGUGACAUGCAAUGAAAAUGAAAUAUUAAUAUAAAUCUAUGUAUCCCUCCAAUGUACAGGAGACAUGGCUGUCAGUGUGACCCUGCAGGGAGCACUCAGGGAUGCGAUGCUGGUGGGAGAUGUGUGUGCAAAGCAACAGUUACUGGAGAACAAUGUGACAGGUAAAUGUGGCACGGUAAUGGUUCUUUACUCAACGCAUGGCGUAAGUGCAUGUACUAAUGUAAACAUAAAGCAAACUACAUAUAGGGGGUUGUAUGCAGAAAUUUUCCUUUUCUAAAAUGAAUACCAGUAUGUACAUGUAGGUUUGUAAUAACUUACAGACAUUUAAUAAAUCUCUCCUCUGCUGCUUUAGAGUAAAACCUCUAACACAGAUUGCGUUGUUUGACAUCACAAUGAGCAGAUGUGUCAGUUCUGUGUGGAAUGUAGCAAGUUGAAGAGAUGUUUCAUAGGAUGGAGUGUGCUUAGUAAACAGCACCAGGAAACAAAAUAGCUGUGUGGUUCCGUAGGUCAAUGCUGUCCGAUAUUUUUAAUGGUGUCUGGACAAUAAAUAAGUCACAAUCCUAGUCAGAGCACAUAAUCUAGACUAAAGGGACCCUCAACACCAUAACUACUUUGACUUAUUGAAGUGGAUAUUGUACAAGGGUACAUUCACUGCUUUUGUCUAAUUUGUCCGACUGACAAAAUAGGCUCUUAGAGUAGAGAGUGUCAUUCAAAGAGCUGGAAGUUGCACUUUCCAGCUUUUUUUUUAGCAAACAUAAUCAACUGACUUGGAUAAGCUUGCAGGAGUUACUCUGAGCAGCAAACAAAUGCAAGUAUAAAGACUGACCCCAUGUGAUGAUCAGGGCUAGACACGCAUAAGAAUGAAUGUUCGGUACACUGGCACCAUAAUUAUUUCAGUAAGCUGAAGAGGAUAUAAUGUCUAGACUGUUUUGAUAAGAACCCACAGGGAACACAUUAGUUGGCCCCAUUCUGCUUACUGGGGAUUCAUUUUGGCAUAUGUAUUCUACAGGCCUUAGAAAGUAAACCCCAGCGUAGGCAGCCACCUAGAACCUGGACUCACAGUGGCCCUGUGAAUCCCUGAUUGGCUCUUGCUGUGAGGGGGGCCCUCCUUGAGCCAUCAGGAAGAUCUAAAGAUCUUCAUGUUCAGCCAUGUGUUCCAUCACUUGCACGAAGGAGCUUUGUGGUCUACAGAUCACUUUUAGUAAUUGACUGAGCACCAGAACCAUUAGGGAGCUCUUAAAGUGAUGUGCACCUGAUAUUGAUUCAAACCACAAAGUUCCCUUAACCAGUCCACCAUGGAUCAUGCAAAGAAUGGUCUCCAUUGGAACACCAUGGAUCAUACCACCUCCUGCCAAAAUGUAGGCAGGGGGGGGGGGGGCAAAAUAAAAAAAUUCUUACACAUAAUCAGACACACAAAAUACUCAGACACACACACACACACACACACACUCUUCCACCCUACAUACAGCUGUCAGCCUCCUCCACGCACAAUAUUCAGCCAUUACACAUACAACACUCAGUCACAAUGCACGCACACAACACUUACAGAACAUAGCCUGGGGCUCUGGGAGGGGGCCUCAAUUUGAAAUCCUGCCUAGGGUCCUGAGCAACAUUAAAAAGACACUAUUCUGCAAGGGCAUUGCAACCUAGCCUAAAAUAGCCAUGUUAGAAUGUUUGAGUCACUUACUUUAUCCAGAUUGGCUUUCUUGGCUUUACAUUUGCAGUUCUUUCAUUUCUCCACAAUUCCUGGAUUAGUAAAUUAACCCACUUAUUGGUGAACACAGUAAAUACAUUAUAACAUGUGUCUAACGUGUAACAUUCCAUGUGUCUGAUAGGUGUAAACCUGGAUAUUAUGAUCUGGAUGCUUCCCACUCAGAAGGCUGUUUACAGUGUUUUUGUCAUGGACAUUCUACAUCUUGCAGCAGCUCAACUCAAUACAGCAUUCAUAAUAUCACAUCCUCCUUCCAGAAAGGUAAGACUGGCCCUCUAGUGGCAACUUUCCAUUAGCACAAGACUCAGAGAGAGCCAUACAAGAUCACAGUAAUGAGUUAGUUAUUCCCGUCAAUGGGAAUUGUUGUGAAUUUCCUACUGUAGGCCAAAGUAACUGGAAUGACUGACCUGACGAGUUCUUGGCUUUUAUGGACAAGAAAUUGAAGUUCACUUUGAAUUAUUGACAAUUCAUGCAAUUACUAAAUAACACAGAGAGAUUCUUAAACAUUUUUGACAUGUGCCAAACUAUUAUCAGUACUGCCUGUGUAGGCACACUAUUAGCAGUGCUGCCUGUGUACGCACACUAUUAGCAGUGCUGCCUGUGUACGUGCACUAUUAGCAGUGCUGCCUGUGUACGCGCACUAUUAGCAGUGCUGCCUGUGUACGCGCACUAUUAGCAGUACUGCCUGUGUACGCGCACUAUUAGCAGUGCUGCCUGUGGACGCACACUAUUAGCAGUGCUGUCUGUGUACGCACACUAUUAGCAGUGCUGCCUGUGACGCACACUAUUAGCAGUGCUGCCUGUGUACGCGCACUAUUAGCAGUGCUGCCUGUGUACACUAACUAUUAGCAGUGCUGCCUGUGUACGCGCACUAUUAGCAGUGCUGCCUGUGUACGCGCACUAUUAGCAGUGCAGCCUGUGUACGCGCACUAUUAGCAGUGCUGCCUGUGGACGCCCACUAUUAGCAGUGCUGCCUGUGUACACUAACUAUUAGCAGUGCUGCCUGUGUACGCACACUCUCUCAGUGUAUGUGUCCUGUUAGUGGUACUCUCUCAAUGUAUGUGUCUUUAUAGAGAUACUCUCAAUGUAUGUGUUGUGUUAAUGGUACACUCUCAAUGUAUGUGUUGUGUUAAUGGUACACUCUCAGUGUAUGUGUUGUGUUAAUGGUACACUCUCAAUGUAUGUGUCAUGUUUGUGGUACUCUCUCAAUGUAUGUGUCUUGUUAGAGAUACUCUCAGUGUAUGUGUCGUGUUAAUGGUACACUCUCAAUGUAUGUGUCAUGUUAGUGGUACUCUCUCAAUGUAUGUGUCAUGUUAAUGGUACUCUCUCAGUGUAUAUGUCCUAUCAGUGGUACUCCCUCAGUGUAUGUGUCCUAUCAGUGGUACUCCCUCAGUGUAUGUGUCCUAUCAGUGGUACUCUCUCGGUGUAUGUGUCCUAUCAGUGGUACUCCCUCAGUGUGUAUGUCCUAUCAGUGGUACUCCCUCAGUGUGUAUGUCCUAUCAGUGGUACUCCCUCAGUGUAUGUGUCCUAUGAGUGGUACUCUCUCGGUGUAAAUGUCCUAUCAGUGGUACUCACUCAGUGUAUGUGUCCUAUCAGUGGUACUCUCUCGGUGUAUAUGUCCUAUCAGUGGUACUCCCUCAAUGUAUGUGUCCUAUCAGUGGUACUCCCUCAAUGUAUGUGUCCUAUCAGUGGCACUCCCUCAGUGAAUGUGUCCUAUCAGUGGUACUCUCUUGGUGUAUAUGUCCUAUCAGAGGUACUCUCUCGGUGUAUGUGUCCUAUCAGUGGUACUCCCUCAGUAUAUGUGUCCUAUCAGUGGUACUUCAUCGGUGUUUAUGUCCUAUCAGUGGUACUCUCUCGGUGUAUGUGUCCUAUCAGUGGUACUCCCUCAGUGUAUGUGUCCUAUCAGUGGUACUCCCUCAGCCUAUGUGUCCUAUCAGUGGUACUCCCUCAGUGUAUGUGUCCUAUCAGUGGUACUCCCUUAGUGUAUGUGUCCUAUCAGUGGUACUCCCUCAGUGUAUGUGUCCUAUCAGUGGUACUCUCUCGGUGUAUGUGUCCUAUCAGUGGUACUCUCUCGGUGUAUGUGUCCUAUCAGUGGUACUCCCUCGGUGUAUGUGUCCUAUCAGAGGUACUCCAUCAGUGUAUGUGUCCAAUCAGUGGUACUCCCUCAGUGUAUGUGUCCUAUCAGUGGUACUCUCUCGGUGUAUGUGUCCUAUCAGUGGUACUCUCUCGGUGUAUGUGUCCUAUCAGUGGUACUCCCUCAGUGUAUGUGUCCUAUCAGUGGUACUCCCUCGGUGUAUGUGUCCUAUCAGUGGUACUCCCUCGGUGUAUAUGUCCUAUCAGUGGUACUCCCUCGGUGUAUGUGUCCUAUCAGUGGUACUCCCUCAGUGUAUGUGUCCUAUCAGUGGUACUCUCUCGGUGUAUGUGUCCUAUCAGUGGUACUCCCUCAGUGUAUGUGUCCUAUCAGUGGUACUCCCUCAGUGUAUGCGCUCAGUUAGUAGUACUCUUAAAGUGUAUGUGUGUGAUUUCCCUCUCAUUAUACUCAUAUGUGUAAUUCUUCCUUUUUUACAGACAUGGAAGGCUGGAAUGCUGUCCUGAAAGAUGGAUCUAUAUCUCCCGUGCCUCUUCGGAAGUCUCGGCACCACCCUGAAGUCUACCUAGCAUCCCGACAGCGAGAACCUCUGUAUUUCAAUGCCCCAGGUACAUAGUUUAAGAAUUGCUAUCCCGGAAUCGCUUUAUUGUUGUCUUCAUAUAUCCAAAUAGUAAAAUAUAAAGCUGUCUCCCAGCACAGCUAGAUGAUACAUUAAAAAUAUAUAAAAGUAAUGCUACGUCGCUGAAUCAUUUUUGGUUCAGCACUAAACAGAUAUGCUGAAUGUGUCAACUCGAGUCUAUUUAACUACAUUUAUCACAAGUCACUAGGAUCUGGCAGCAAUUUAAAUUUUAACCUGUUAAAGAAGUAAAUGUUGCUCUGUUGCGUUGAACAUCCAUUUAAAAUUCUUUUUUUCUUCUGUUAAUCAAAAACUCAGAAAAUAAAAGUUUUCACUCUCUAUCUGUUGUACUUUAUCUGAGUAAGGUACUGGUGACCCCACUGUAUUCCUUUCCUUAAUCAGAGAAAUACAAGAGAUGUGUUUCCACACAGAUUUAAGUUGUCAUGCGUAUGUGUAGGAUAUUACAGCCAUCUUUACCACAAAAACAGCCGGUAGGUAGCCCUCAAGCAGUUGUGGAACUAUAUUUACCAUAAUGCUUUGCCAGCCAAAAGUGCUUUACUAGGUUAAUUAAAUAAACCUGCUAUAUCAUGAAGCUGCAGGAUAAGGACUUCAUAACAAAGGUUUUAAGUGUGAAAAAAGUAAUGAGAAGCUGAGACCAAGAAGAAUUAAAAUAUAUAUAUAUAUAUAUAUAUAUAUAUAUAUAUAUAUAUUCAACUACUUAGACUUCCUUUUAAGUUUUCUGGAUGCAAGCAACAUCAACCCGGCGAAGUCACAUCGGUAUCAGAUGGUGUAUUAUUGUUUGUUUUUUAAAUUAAGUUAGGGGAAUAGGUUGUUAAAGUAAUCUAAUUUUUAUGAAGUUAGCUGUUCACACUGGAAGUCAGAAUCAUUUAUUGUUUGCCACAGUGUGUCCAAGGAAAGUCCCAGAUUACCAAGCCACACAUUAAAGCACAGCUAAAUUGCCUUCCCCCUCAACAAAUUUUUAUGAUCUAUACACUAAAACUGCUUUAUUUAGCUAAAGUAAUUUAGGUGACUAUAGUGUUCCUUUAAUUUUGCCCACACUUGUAGCAUAUAAGCCCCUGAUAUGGAUUUUGUCAAUCCAUCUACACAUAAAAUGGUUUCACACAAACUUUAACAUAACAAUAAGGUGUGAAUAGAGUUCUAAGCUUGUUACUCUCAUUCUAGCAAUCUUCUUGGGUGACCAGUCUCUGAGCUAUGGCCAAAAACUGAUUAUAAGCUUCCGUGUGGAUCGAGGACGUCACAGAGCGGGGGCCGAAGACAUAGUGCUGGAGGGGAAUGGCUUCAAAAUUUCUUCCCCUCUUACAACGUCCAAAACUGCCCUGCCUUGCAGACUGCCCCAAACAUACUCGUUCAGGUAAUGCAAUAGUGGAUGAGAAGCCUCUCUAUGCAAUGUAAUGGAUGAGAUUAAAACAGAUCAUUGGAAACUUUCAUAAAAAUAACUUUUACACCGUGUUCUGAAUAAAGAGAAACUAGCGCUCCUGGUAAAUAUUUUACUUUCCUUUGAGAUUAUAACUUGGGUUAUAGAGGACAUCAGCUAAGGUAAUGGGAGUUGUUUAAUGACUGGUAGCUGGUGAGUUGCAGUCUAGAAAAUGACACAUUAUAUUCUAUUUCUUAACCUCAAACACUAAGUAUUGUAAGAAAUAUCAAUUUAUUAUCGCACACUUUAUUCAGAAAGGUGUUAUUUCACUCCGUCUGCCUUCUGCCUCAUUAACCGCCAAGUGGUUUUGGUCCAAGGGCUCAAAUGAGCAACAUCAAACACUGCUAGUACGCCAGGUAUAAAUAAUUAUUUAAACCUAUCAGUCCAUUUCCUCUGGCAGCAACAUUUUACUUGUUUGCCCUUGUUUGCCUCCUUCUCCCCUUUUGUAAUAUCUUGCUGCCCAUCUUUCCUCUACGCAGGCUGGAUGAGCUAUCGGGAAGCCCCUGGAAUCCUCGUCUAAGCAAAUUAGACUUCCACCGUCUACUGAGCAAUGUGACUUCACUGCGAAUCCGUGGCUCUUAUGGAGAAUACAGUAAGUGGGAUUUAUUGUAGAAGAUCCAAAUACCAUUAUACGAUCUCUUUAAAGGGCAUACUUACUGAGCUAAGAAUUAUUGGACGCCGACAAGGGAAUUGCUAAUUUUAGUCAAAAUAGUCUGCACGGAUAGAUACUGGUUAUGUACAUUUUGAUGCACAAAUAGAAACACCCAGGCAUUAUGGGCCUACUAGGCUGAAAGUGCACAACCUUCCCAAAAAGCUGCAGCCCACAAACCCAAAUGUGCUGACCAUUGAGAAUUACAGAAAGGCCAGUACAUGACAACUACUGCAGAAUAUCUCACUUCUAAUUAAUGCAGACCAUCUCACCUCUUAUUAAUGCAGAACAUCUCACCUCUACUGCAGAACAUCUCACCUCUUACAAUUGCAGAACAUCUCACUUCUACCUACUGCAUAACAUCUCUCCUCUUAUUAAUGCAUAACAUCUCACCUUUUACAACUGCAGAACAUCUCACCUUUUACAACUGCAGAACAUCUCACCUUUUACAACUGCAGAACAUCUCACCUCUUACAACUGCAGAACAUCUCUCCUCUUACAACUGCAGUACAUCUCACUUCUUAUUAAUGCAGACCAUCUCACCUCUUACUAAUGCAGACCAUCGGGGUAAUCACUCUGCUGACGGCAGCUAUUUAUUAGAACAACUGUCUGUGGCAUUUUUUAGAUUCUUCUAUGUGAAGAUUUAGAAUGUAAUUGUUUGUUUAUGUUAUAGGCACGGGAUACCUGCAGUCAGUCACUUUGAUAUCUGCUCGUUCUGGGCCUGGAGCUCCGGCCCCCUGGGUGGAGAAGUGUGUUUGUCCUACUGGCUACCAAGGGCAAUUCUGUGAGCGGUGUGCCACUGGGUACCGCAGAGAGUCUCCAACCCUGGGUUCUUUUAGCACGUGUAUUGCCUGCAAUUGCCCAGGUGGUGGUGUGUGUGACCCAGACACUGGUGAGUAGCCUAGACUAACUCCUUUCAUCCCUCUGCUUGUAACAUUGCCACUUAGAUCAAGCUGUGUAAUGGCAGAUUAAACUGGUCAGUUUAUUACAAAUGUACAAUAAGCCUGCUCUCAUCUUUCUGUCUGUCUUAAACUCUCACCAGGUGACUGUUACUCCAGAGAUCAGGAUCUGAAUAAUGACUGUGCGGACUGCCUCCAGGGGUAUUACAAUGACCCCAGAGAUCUCCAGAACUGUUUGCCAUGCCCCUGCAGUGCUGGCUUUGGAUGCUCAUUGUCCCCAGAGACCCAGGAACCUGUGUGUGACGAUUGCCCUGUAGGACUUGGAGGUGGGUUUUUUUUUUUUUUUUUUUAUUCUUUAUUUUUGUGUGCAUGGUGAUUAGAACAUACAAGCUCUUGGUGCCCCAACAGCAAUCCUCGAGCAUUUUAUCUAGCAUUACAUUAGGAGCAGUAGAGUAAUAAGCACAUUUUUAUAUAUUAACAGAUUCAUAACAGGAACAUUCUAUCAGAUUGUGUAUAGGGUAUAGUUAGUGGGCAUUUGGUCACAAACGCUUACUGACAUGUCUGAGAUACGUGAGCAUUUUGUGGCGGCUGGAUUAAGUAGUAUGGUUCGUUUAACCGCUAGUGCCUCUCUUGAUGGGUCUGCCAUACCUUCGUGUAGUUAAGCGUGAGAUACAUGAAUAUGCGAGCAAAAACAUGCCAAGCUUACUGGUUAGCGAAGCAAAUGUAUAAGAGUUUAACAAGAUGAGUUUAACACUCCACAGGUACUCAUACAUAUACAUCAGGUGUGGGAACAGUGAGAGACAACAUCUACGCCUGUUCAGUUGCCUGAGUGUACAGAAAAUAAUCAGCGGAGAGGCGAAGUGGUGUAUUAUAAGUAUGUCUAUACUGCCUCUGUGGUAACUGUGAGUGAGAAUAUAUACAGUUAAGUGCCUGCUGGGCUGAUUAAAGAAAGGUGGAGUAUAUCUCUGGUCUGAGUGAGUAAAUAAUAAGCUGCUGCGUGGCGUGCCUAACUUAGACUAGGUUCUCAGUAGCUUGGAGGCAACACUAGAUGAAAGAACAAAAACAAAAAAAAAAAAAAAAAACAUAACAAAGAGAAAGCUUCAAACAUGUGUGAUUGCACUUUGAGUCUUUCCACCCCGGGGGGACCCCCAUGCCAGCAAGAUGAUAGUCAAUGGUUUUGUGCCAGGAGACCCGUUUGGGUAACAUAAUAAUGGCAGAAGGAUCGCCGUGUUAGUUGUAGUGUGAGUCCCCUUGUGGUGUACUUGCGGUUCCAUCAAGUGCCCGUCUCGUGCAGGAGGUAAGUCCCAUUAGCCUCGUUGUUGUCCAUGUGCGUCCUGCGCGGUGAUCCUAGAGGUUCAGUAUGCGGAGCUAUGUAGCUGGAGCACUGUCUCCUCUUUAAGUUGAGCAUUUGGCGGUGUUUAGGCAGUAGUUUGCAGGUGUCGACCUCCAGCGGUUGCUUGUGGAGCUGUUUGCGUUGGCUUGAGGUGGCUCUGGUUUCUCCGCCCGUUUGGCUUGGCUUGGGGUGGGUCUUUGCAGGUGCCCGGCGGUUCCCAUGUGGCUUGUGCCGGCCUGCUACCACUGUGAGGUGGGUGCGUCCGUCUUCCGUCUAUCGCGGGUGACUCGACAUGCGGUCUCCGCCAUUUUGAUUGCGGCCUGCGAGGCCUGGGGCCCCCUGCCACAGCUGAUGUUGCUGCACACUGACAGGGUUAGGGUGGGGACCGGGAUCACCCCCCCGGUCCAGAGGGGGGGAGACAGGGCCGGUUCUACCUAGCCUUGUGCUUCGCUCACACCGCUGGUGGGCAGGAUAGCAGGGCAGCGGCCGUCCACCCCACUCACCGCCCGAGUGGUCUCCAUCAUGGGUGACGGAGAGCGCCCCUCCAAGGGACUAGAACUUUGCAGCAAGCCUCUCCUCGGAACCAGGGUGGCUUCUUGCACUGGGUCGCUGCUGUCAGGUAGGUAUUGUCGUUUUUGUGCUGAAAAACUGGGAGAGAUUGCAGGAGCCACACUAUUUUGCGACUGUUCAGCAUGGCGGUCCGGCCCCGCCCCCUUGGAGGUGGGUUUUAAUAAAAACUAUUUGUUGGGGUUUUUUUUAAAAUGUAUUUUUGUUGUUAUUUUUGUGUAAUCUGUAUGAUUCCUAGAACAGACUGAAUAUUUUAUUUUAGAAAACAUAUACUUCUAUACAAAGUUAAUUAAAAAAAUCAAGAAACACCCAAUAACUGCAAGAUAUUUAAUAUUACAUAUGCUAUAUGGGGUGUAAUUAUGACACUUUACCUUACCUCUUUAAAUAGACACUCUAAGCUCCAAAUCAACUGCAAUACGUGGUUUUGGUGUAUAGAUCAUGCUCCUAUAGUCUCACUGCUCGGUGCUCUGCCACUUAGGAGUUAAAUCACUUUGUUUAUGCAUCCCUAGCCACACCUUGCAUGUGACCUACAAAGUCUCCCUACACAUUUCCUGAUAGAAAUAGUAUUGUAUUUUUAAGGUUUUUAGGUUUCCUUACUGCACAGUGUGUUUAAUUUAGAAUCUCAUACACUGCUUAAAGCGUGCUAGAGCAUGCAACAGCCCCCUGUUUGAGAACAAAUUUUAAUUUACAAAGUAGAAGUUAAAAACUUCUAACUUAAGCACACUGCGAAGUAAGAUCUGAUUGCAAAUUUAUGUUGAGGCUUAGAUAUACCAAAACAGUUUUGCAGUGACACAGUGCUCUUUAUAGACAUAACAGGUUUAGUGAUUACAAUUGACAUAUCAUCUGGUAGGAAAGGCAGCGACAUAGUUUCGGAGAGUUAUCAGGGUUAAGUGUGCGGUUUCAAUAAGACGUUGGAAGCCUCCUUUUCCUGUUUCUCUCUUUUCUUUCCGCCUCUUUCCUGUGUUCCCUCCUUGCUUCUUCUUCCCUGCCCAUGCACCCCCAUCGCUCAACUACUUUCUGUGUAUGAGAUAGCGGAGAGAAGGGGGUGGGCGUUUUUAUGUCUGGGGUGACACUAGUCGAUUUAUAGUUACUGACUGUCUGGGGGGCUAUUCGUAAGUGCAGAAUGUGUUCUCGGAGGAGAUUAGUGCCUAUCAGGGCCAGAGCAGGCUGUUCAAGAAUUUCGGUACUUGUGUUGGUAUGUAAAGGUGUCUGUCAAGAUCCUUUGUGUGUCAUCUCUCAGUGGUCAUCUAGCCCAUGCCAGGCAUUCGAACUGGUCAGGUAGCCAGGUUGUGUAUCUUUUAAUUGAACAAGUUAUAUAACUUAACCUCUGUGUUCCCGCCUACCCAAAACCGGCAGGCCUGCCCAAGGACAGAGAAUGUGCGACAGGUGAAGGGAAAAGGAGAGAGGAAAGUAAGAAGGAGAAGGAAGGAGAACAAAAAGGGUGGGUAGGAGUGGUGGAAGGGGGGUUUGAGUAAGGGCAAUCAGCUACUAGUAUUGCAGCACUGCAACCCUUGCGGCCGCCCGCCUCCCUGCCCAAGCCCAUGUGUAACACGUUCAUCGGAAGGACCUAUCCCUCCAUUGCCUCGUCACCAGGCCCCCUGGGGGUCAAUGGAUUCAGUGUAUUAGUUUGACAUCUGUUGUGAGGGCCGUGUCAUGGUCUUGGGCAGGAUGUGUAUUGCGCUUGGAUAUGAAGUCCAGCCAUGCAUCGUUCGGUGGUCCCGGGUAGGGAGGCCGUGAGUAUCUCCAUUUCAUGUAGUUCCUUGACCUUGUCCAUCCAGUUUUGCAUUGUUGGUACUUGCGUUUUGCACCGAAUCGAAUUAGGGACUUAGCAGCAUUUAGGAGGUGUCUGGUGAGUGAGCGCUGAUAUGCUGGUAGGAGGAGUUUUGUAGUGCCCAUGUCCUGCUCCCAUCGCGACAUAUAUUUUGGGGGCACCCUCUCGGUGGACGUAAGGAAGAUCUGAUUGCAAAUUAAACCAUUUUUUUUUCAUGGAGGUGUGGCUAGGGCUGAAUAAACAGAGACAAAAGUGGUUUAUCUCCAAAAUGCCAGAGAAUUGAGCAGCGAGACUGCAGGGGCAUGAUCUAUGCAAUAAAACUGCUUCAUUAAACUAAAGUUGAAAAUCUCUCCAACUCGGCUAUUGCCCUAGCGUGACAAUCUGAGCUCCAAUUUUGCCAUUCAAAUUUUAAUCUGUUACAAUUCCAGAAUUAGUGUGUUCGUGCUUAGGGUACAAGUUCAGCUUUAUAAAAUGAACACUUCAGACUUGUAACCAGUACAGCUCUCUAGAGUAGUUAUGGUCCAGCCCUGGUGCCUCCCCAUCAUAUAGAGUGAAAACAUUUUGGGUAUACCAGACUUGGUUCCCCAUGCCCACUACCGUCUUCCAAGAGCCGAAAGUUACUAAGCAGGAACUUCUGUUUGAUCUCCUGAGCUUAAGAGGCUACCUUUCAAAAAUUACUUAUUGGUCACUAAUCAGGGAAUUGUGGUGACUUGAACACCAAACUGAAAAAUGUAGGACAAAAUAAAAAAGGAAAAAAAAACUUAUAUGCUAAAAAUCGUAGCUAUAUUGUACUAAAACGUGCCAAUAAGUUUUCAGUUCUAUUACAGUUUAGCUAUUUGUUUAGUGAUUAAAUCAUAAAGUCGAAGCUGCAGGCUCGGAUCUCAAUUAUGAGAACAUUUCCUAUGCCUGUAUUCAAAAUGCUGGAGUGCAAUGUAAAAACAAAACAAAAUUAGAAACCAGGAACCCUGAAAGUGUUUGAGCACAGCGCCCCCUGUCACUGACUUAUGCUGCUGCAGUCUGCAGACCUGUUUUGAAAUGUAAAUGCAUAUUAGUGGCAAUGCAGGGUUACUGUUUAAAUAUUUAUUGACAUGUAAUCCACAUUCAGGCUUGUCUAUGUUUUCCAGGGGGAUUUUCUAAAUAUGUGUUGUUUUCUUUUUUAAACCCAGGGCCACGGUGUGAGGUGUGCGCAGAUGGAUAUUUUGGAGACCCCCAGGGACAACAUGGAGCACCACGUCCCUGCAGGCCCUGUGUAUGCAGUAACAAUAUCGAUCCUACUGUGGAGGGGAACUGUGAUGGGGUGACUGGAGAAUGCCUCAAAUGUGUUCACAAUACUGGUGGAUUUUAUUGUGACCGCUGCAGAGAGGGAUUCUAUGGGAACCCACUGGAUCCUAAUCCCGAGCUGAAGUGCAGAGGUAAAAUGGGUUUCUGAAUUCUAUUCAACAGUAAAUAAAAUUAAUUGUUCCUUUCAAUCCACAGCCAUUAUAUUUGCUCCAAAUUAUUAUAAUUCUUAUUGCAUUCAUAUGUUUUACAGUUGACAAUGACACGAUGCUCCCCCAUCUAUUACGGUUAUUUAACAGUUAAAUACAUACAUUAACUAACAUCCCAUAUCACCCAUUCCAGUCCACUGAAACCCACUGUAUCCAUUUCACAGUUAUGCUUCUGUCUUAAUACUGUUUGUCUUUCUGUUACUGCAGCUUGUCACUGCCACCCAAUGGGCGCUGUGAAUGGAGGGUGUCAGAAAGAUGGGUCUUGUGUCUGUAAAGCUGGAUUUGAUGGUGAGAAUUGUGAUCGCCCUCAGUGUCCCAGCUGCUACAAUCAAGUGGGUGAGAAGGUAAGACCCUGCAAGAUUCUGAUUCUUUUUGUGGAAUCUGGUUUGGUGUUCCCACCUCAACAUUCAUCAGGAUUCUAUCCUUUUAGCCCAACACAGUAUUUAUUGUAUGUACAAUGAUUUCAUGGAAUAGACUUUCAAUAGAGGUGAUAAAUACAAUGACUCUAAAGGAAUGCAGGAGUCUCUGGGAUAAGAAUAACACUAUCCCAAGACAUUUAUUAUUCUAAUGUAAUAUGGACAGGCUUUGGGGGCCUUUUUGAAUCUCAUCUUCUGUCAAAGUCUAUGUUUCCAAGAUUACACUCCAGUUUCUGCAUUAUUCUUCUCCAUUUCCAUUUCACGGUACUGUUUGUUUUAUAGAUCAGUCUAUACAAGAGGGAAAUCCAUGAACUGUCUGGUACGACUCCUAACCAGCUCCCAGCAGGAAGGGAAUUAGAGGAGAGAUUGACAAAUGCUGAAGCCACCACACGGGGCAUGCUGAGAGAGGCAGAAGGAGCACAAGGUGAGCACUGGGGCAAAUAGGGAUGGACUAGAACAACCUACAGCAGUGGUUCUACGCCCAGUAGGUCCUUAAAGCACCCCAGAAGUCCAUGUUUUGUCAGCAUGCAUAUGACUGCCAUAGUAACCUUUCUGCCAUACCAGAUUAGAUGCGGUUACACAGAGCAGUGCCGUGUGUUGUUAGCUUAUUGCUAUAUUAUACAUGGUAUAUUUGCUGACUUGCAUGUAGUCCCAUGCAGUCUCUGGUGCAGUAGCUCUUUAAAUCCAAACAAUGCUAGGGCUGCAUAGAUAUCACAUUACUAUUUGAUUUGUGGAUUUAACUUCCUGAACAUAAUGAACAGAGUGUUGGCUAGAUCUAUAUAGCAGAGGGCUAGUUAUGUAGCUCUUUUGUCUCUCUGAGGGCUGAUACUAAAAGAUAAGUGUCCUAUGAUUACAUUUAAUCAUUAACGUAUUAUAUAUUGUGCAUUAAAGCAUAUACAGAAUGCCCUUGAUGCUUUAUAAAAAAAAUAAUAAUGUUUACUGCUCAGUUUUUCUGUAUUAUACAAUACAUAGUGAUUGAAAAACAAAAUUUUAAAUGGACCUAUCGCUUACAAUUUAUUUUGCAGUUGACAGGUCCAUGACUGCUUUUAAGAUAUGUUUUAUGUAUUCAAUUCCUUUUCUUUUUGUAUAAAUAUAUCCCCUUAAAAUGAAGUUAACGGCACUUAAAAAUCCAAGUUGUUUUUUAUUGCACAGAGUUUGACUUACCAAGCUUGCUUGUUGGGCUCUCAAAACCUCUUGAGUUAUUUUUUUUUCUUUGCUCUGUAUAUCUUAUGCUUUGGGGUUUGUUUGUGCAAUAUUAUUAAAUAAUGUCAAUAAAAAUUCACUAAUCCAAUGCAAAAAAUGUUUUUUUUUAAAAAGAACGAUGUCUUCAGAAUACCUUAAAAUGGCUGCUUCUGGAGACCUUGAAAUGGCUUUCUCCAGAAAGCUGCUGAAAAGCCAUCCAUAGAAUGUCUGUAGGUAAAGCUUGUUUGCAUUAUGUGAUGUGUAACCCAUCAAUCUCUCCUUUAGGGGCAGAGCUGUCUGUGAAGAGACGUUUGUCAGGGCUUCAGGGGGCACAGUCUGGAACUCAGGGUGAGCUGGAGCAGGCUCAAAGGAAACUGCAAGCAGUAGAGGCCCAGAGCAGUCAGUACCACGGACAGCUGCGGGACACAAAACAGAAGAUAGGCAACGUGCGGCUUGAGCUACAGGACAGGCUGGCAGAACUGGGACGUUUGGUAUGUGGAAAAAAUUGGUACUUAAUGGUUUGACACAGAACCAGGGAAUGUGCCAGAGGCAGGCUGGAACUAUAACCACUACAGUAAAUGGUAGUGGUUAUGGUGGGUAGAGUGCCCAUUUUAAGUUACUGAUUUAUGCAGACUGAAAUCAAACCUUUCUUAUAACGAAGACUCUUCUAAUGGGUUAAAAUGUUUGCCAGCUAUCUGCAUGCAAGGGUUAAACAUUGCUUGCGCUAUGUGCAAUUUUUGAAACUUAGUGAAUAUUGUGGAAUUAUGACUAAUAUAUCUUGAUAAAUAAUCAUUGUGCAAAAAAAAGAAUGAUAGCACAAAUACAAAACAUAUGUUGUAUAGCAAUUAUUAUGUAUUCCAAUCUAUGAAACAAUUUACUUAAAAUUCACAACCUUAGAUUGAUUAUUUCUAAAAAGAUAAUUUGAAACCCAAGAAUCUCACACUACAAGAUGGCGUAUGCUCUCAUUUCAGCAUUAUUCACUAAACCAUAAAUUGAGAAAAGGGAAUUGCAAACAUUACAUCACAAAUUUGUCAACUAUAAUUUGUUGCAAUUCUUUGGUUAACUCACAAUCUAGUGAAUAACCCAGAUUUAAGAGAUGAUAUAAAAGAGAGUCUAAUGAGCUGAACUUGUUUCUAGCUCUCGUAGUAUGUAAUUAUAUUAUAAAGCUUAAAGGGACACUCUGAGCACCAAAACAACUAUAGCUGAAAGAAGCAGUAUUGGUGUGAAGAUCAUGCCACUGCCAUCUCACUGUUCCAUUCUCUGCCAUUUAGGAGCUAAGACAGUUUUGUUUCUGUUUAUGUAAAUUCCAAAAAAAAAUUAAACUCCAUUUUUUGCACAUUGUGUUUAAUUUAGAAUUUCUUAUCGCAAGGUAUAAGACCUGCUGAAGUAAACACACUGUGCUGUAAGAUAUGAUUGAGUAGUAAACCAUUUUUUUUCAUGCAGGCUAUGCCCGUCACAGCCAGGGGAGCCUAACUCAAAAAAACAAAAGUGGCUUAAUUUCAAAAUGGCAGAUAAUUAGAGAGUGAGACAUCAGGGGCACAAUCUACCACUAAAAUUGCUUCAUUAAGCUAAUUUUGUUUGGUGCUUAGAAUAUUCUUUUAAAAAUCAAUGAUGGGCAUGCUGUUGGAAUUCUGUUUUUUUUUUCUGUCUUUUAAUUGUUUUACUGAGUUAUAUUGCAAAAUAUAUUUGUGAAUUGGAGCCAAACACCUCGCUUAAUUAAUAUCUGCAUUAUUUCUUUCUUUCAUUAAAGACAUUUUCAUCUACAAAUUUACCACUGAGUUCUGGAUCUUUCGCCCAGCUCAGCCAAGAGGCUCAGACAAUAGCGGACAGGUAAUUUUAUUCUGUAUGAUAGACAUUUGUGUUGAAAUUUAUGAAUGAAUAGUUGCCAUGGAUACAUGAUGCUGUGAUUCCAUGGCAACACUAAAAAUCAGCAGGAACGCUAUGUCCCUUGAAGCUGCAUGUUUAGUUGAGACUGAAGGCAAGAUAAGGAACAGAGAAUAUAUUAAGUUAAUUCAGUAGUUCUUAACCCAUAGACCAGGACCAAAAACUGUCAUGUUGCUAUUUUUGUCAGGUCCUCAUUUGUUGGACGAGGCACAUUAAUUAAGUCCCAGGCAACUACCUACAAUGAAUUAUUCACUCUAACAGCAGUGCAAUCUCCAGGGAUGCAUAUGAUAUUGGAAAACGUGUUUUGCAUCUUUUUUAGAUCGUAGUGUAUAAUAUUUGGACAUAAAGAAUGGUUCACUGAGAUAGUUUUACAGUUAAAGAAUGGUUCUAGAGGCUAAUGCUUUGUAUACAGUUUAUGUCCUGUUACCGGUGUAAUAUUGUGUAUGGUUAAUUCCAUGUGAUGCUGGGAAAGUUGAAUAAAUACUGAAACGGAUAUUGAUAGCAUUGAAGACUUUUAGACACACGGUGAAAUAAUAAUAAUUUCAAUAAAAAAAUAUUUGAAAAGAAAAAUGGGCCUAUAUUAGAAAAAUGGACACAUAUAUGAUGAUCCUUUCAGAGACACAAUGUAAUUAGAAAUGGGAAUGGAGUAAAAAUCUAAUUUUUAAAUAUAGUAAUUGUGUUGAGGGUGUAUCUCUCUCUCUCACUCUCACUCUCUCUCUCAUUGGACUUUGCCUGUCUUUGUUCAUUUGCAUGUCAAGCUCAGGAUUCUGGGAGAAUUAUGGAAACAUAAUUUCUCCAAAGUACCAUACCCAGGACUGACUUUUUCCCAGAGCCCUAACUGAGAAAUGCAGAUAAUCCCCAGCAGUAAAGUUUGUGUAUAUAGAGAGAGGAUAGCCUGGUACUAUUCAUCAACAUAUCAUGGUCUUUCAUGGAUUCAUAAAUUUGUAACACAUUUUGUUAAUGAGUCAAAUCGAUUUUUUAGGAUGUUGGAAUACUUAUUUUGAAGCAGUAUAAAACAUUUUGAGUUAUACUACUCUUUAAUGAGCAGAGCUCUGUUCUUUCUUGUAGGCUGGCACAGGAAGCUCAAACUACAGCUCAGGAUGCGGCCGAUGCACAGGGAGACACACAAAGAGUUCUUCAAAUUCUACGCUCUGCAGAUCUUGAUCCUGGUGCUCCAGAACGUCUCAGGAAAAGGUAUAUCUAUAACCAAAUACAAAGCAUGGAUAUAAGUGUGACUCUGAGUUUAUUCAGUAAAUACCAAACCGUAAAUACAAGCAAAAUUCUCCGACUGACUUAUCGUUAUAGUUUAAGUCUUUUAGCUUACAAUUCAAAAUUCACAUCUACCCAAUUUUUUUGUUAAUGAAUAAACUCUAGUAGGUGUACCAGUGCCGCUUCAAAAUAAGGACUUUGGAACUGUGAUCAUCAGCGUGGUUGUAGGAUAUCUAUAUUAAUAUUUAACAAGGAAAUCUUACAGGGCAGUAAUGGUUUUAGGAUUUGAGUAAGUUUUCCAGUGAGAAUUGGGAUGUGGGUACCAUAGACAUGGCUCAAACUACUAUGCUUCUAGUCAGGAUUAAAAGUUAUUUACCAUAGCAAUUCUCUCCCCAUGCAAUAUGACAUUUGGGUAUAGAAAGGACUGCAGCGGGCACAGGCUACCCACUCAUCUUCUCACAUUUACCUACAUACGGGUGCUUGCUGGAUGUUGCAGGAUGCUGUUCUCAGCUACUUGCGGACUCCAUAUUUUUAGGGAAUCCAUAGCCCUUUACAGCUAAAGGUAGGACAGGUCAUAGUACACUUACUUAGUUUAAUUUUUACUUGCAAAUGGAUAGUGUGGAGUGCAAAUGUUGUGUCCUGACAUAGCUCUCUCAUUUUUGUGUUUGGGCUCGCUUAUUUAUCCUUAUCGAUUUAUUGUCUUUAGAUUGGCAAAUGCUUGGUGUAGCAGAGUUACAUAGUGACCCUUUCUUUUAAUAUAAAAUGUAACACUUUAUGUUGCAUGCUGUGUUUGCAGAAUGGACCAGGCCCGUACAGAUACAGCAGCAUUGGAAACUGAGGCCAUGCAAGCUGCAGCGGCCGCAGAGCGUUCCCACCACGAGAGCAUGCAGACCACUCGAGCUGUGGCACAAGCCUCCCGCCUCAACUCUGUGGAAUUUCAGGUACCUAUGUUACAUAACAGCUGUCCGUCCCACUAAAUAUUUCGAGGUCUGUUCACACAUUAGCUCACUGUUUAAUGAAUGAAAUAAAAUUGACCUGUUGUACCCCAGUGCUGUUCUGGCCUUGCUAGCAUGCUGCUACUGUGAUGACUGUUUUAUGCGCCUUUCCUGGAAUCCUGCGGGACAAAGAAAGUUUCCAGUAAUCCAUUCCUUCAGGGAGAUGCAGCCAAGGCUAAUCGCUGUAUCCCUUUUCAGCAGUGUAAAGGUCUUAAAGAUACGGCCUUGGUAUUUUUCGAGUAGAAUGUCAAACGAUGAUGUAAAAUGAAACAAUGAAUUCAUAUAUUGGCAUAACCAUGGCAACUGCUGAUCUACUGAAAAUUGCUGCAGUGCAAGUCAAACAGCUAACAGGGGAAGGGGGGAGGGGGGGAGAGGGAAACACUUGGGAUCCGAGGCCGGGUAAUUCUCAAAGGUUGGGUUGUGCCAGGUAAAUAAAGGCAUUAGGGGUACCUCUGGUUCUAGUGGGAACGGGGUGCACAGAGAUGCCUUUUCAGAGAAAUUUCCCACUAAUCUCGAACAGACCGGAACAUACAUAUGUAUACUAAAUAUAAAAUAUGUUAAAUGCUUAAGAAUAAAAAUAUAUAACUUAAUAAAAUGCAUGUAGUCUAUAUCCAUACAUCAUAUUAUCCAUUUCCAUGUAGACCCCUUAGUUUGACUGUCUGGAAAAAAAAACUAAUUUAAAUUUAUUGCAUAUUUUAGAAAACUGCAAUGAUAGACCUCCCAUUAUUUAUAUGACACACGUUAUAUGUGUUACAAUUUUGGACUGACACUAUACAGGUAUAUGAAAAUCCAAAGCAUAAUCACCCAAAGUGCAUUCUCUUAUCUCCUAAUAAUGAUUAGUUUGUAAUGCUAACAGCGUAAACAUUAAUUUCUGUUAGUGGAUCAGUGUUCUAGUAUUCGGUAAUGAUAGUGAUUAGUAUUGUGCUCCCACCGGCUAGAAGGCAGCUCACAGUUGUAAUUAUCCUGAAAAGAAAUGCUGUGUUCUAGCUGGUAACUUUAAAUUACUGUCUGUUUAGGCAGAGCUGCAGCGUCUAAGAGUGGAAUCCGCAGCAAUCAAGGAAUCUGUUGAUAGAGAAAUGUCUCAGACUAAAGAACUUCAGACGAAAAUUAACGCCUGGGAGCUGGAAGCAGAACAGAAGCUCCAGGAAGGACGGGAAAGUAAAUUGGUAAGAAAGUCCUAUAAAGACAUCGAUAGUGGAUAUUAAAAGGAAAUACUGUAAUAUUACCUAAAGGUUUAACCUUGAGUGUGGCUGUAACGUAUCAAGUUCUGUUUUCAUAGUCACCAAAAUAUUGGACGUAUUGGGAAGGCCGUAAGUUUAAGAGAAUACAUAUAGUAACGUACAUGUUGUCACACUUUGAUUCUUCUGAUUGUCUUGCAGUUGGCAGAUCAGUACCUCUCACGAGUAAAUGCUGCAAAGACCAAAGCUGAACAAGCGUUACGAACCGGGAACAGCACCUUCUAUGAAAUUGAGGGUAUACUCAGCAACCUGAAAGGUGAGUCGUUGUAGUAAAUAACUAAUCAAGGUUAUUCUCUAAACUCUAGGUUAGGUCCAAAUAGAAAAACUAAGGCUCAAAUAUUGGAUUAGUCAAAUUUCUCCAACUACGCUCUUAUCUCAGCUCGGCUGUUUCAACCUCAGUUAAUUCUAGUUAUCCUGGAGUAUUGAAUUUAGUAUAUAAACCUGUAUUGAAAUAUACAUACCAUAUGUGUCAAGAAUUAUAUGUGGCCUACAGUCCUAGGGUGAACAAUUCAAUAUACCAUGUGAUGCCAGUGUUGUUUUCAUGAUUUAUUACUAAAAAAGUCUGGUAGCCCAGUGCAAUAAAUCACACUUAUGCACUAACAUGCUUUUGCAAGACAUAAAAUGUUCAAUCAUAUCUUUAUCAUAAUUGUGCAUUUAUCACUUGUGCAAGUAUUGGAGAGGUAGAAUUUUAGUGCAAAAGAAAAGACCCCACAUAAAAAAAUAAAAAAAACUCAUAGCAUUUUUAUACACAGUAAAUCGUUAUAAUUACCUUGCACAUUUGACAUGAUCAUCACAGUGUAAGGGCUGUUACAUUGUCAGUCUACUGCAGUUACUAAUGGUGAAGGCUAUCACACUCAUGGUAGACAGCUCUAAUACAACUCAAAACUUGUUGCUGUUAGAAUCCCUCAAAGACCACCCAUACUUAUUCACUUAAGGACACAGCUUCAGAAGUAAAAGGCAAACAUGACCGAACAUUUCUGUCAUGUAUCCUUAAAGGACCACUAUAGUGCCAGGAAAACAUACUCGUUUUCCUGGCACUAUAGUGCCCUGAGGGUGCCCCCAUCUUCAGGGUCCCCCUUCCGCCGGGCUGGGUGGAGAGGAAGGGGUUAAACUUACCUCUUUCUCCAGAGCCGUGCGGGGAGCUCUCCUCCUCCUCUUUGGCUGAAUGCGCAUGCACGGCAGGAGCCGCAUGCGCAUUAAGGGAAAAUCACAGUGAGAAGCACACAAGCGCCUCUAGCGGCUGUCAAGAGACAGCCACUAGAGGCUGGAUUAACCCAUUUAUAAACAUAGCAGUUUCUCUGAAACUGCUAUGUUUAUAGAAAAAAAGGGUUAACCCUAACUGGACCUGGCACCCAGACCACCUCAUUAAGCUGAAGUGGUCUGGGUGCCUAUAGUAGUCCUUUAAGGGAUUAAGAAAACAAGUGAUUUUCUCAUUUCCCAUAAACUAUUGAGAGUGGCAAAUAUUCCACCAAUUUACUUUUUCAUAUCUAGUUAGUGCUUUUAAUGUCUGUGUGCAACUUUUCCCGUGUAUCACUGCACUAUGUGUUGAGCCUUUUUUAUACUUUUCAUCAUUUUCACUUGGUCCAUGUUACCUUUGUAGGUGUAUUGAAAUACUGAUGUUGCUUUAGAUCCAAUUUCUUCUAGUAGGAGAUGUAUAACUGUUGUGUAUGAUAACAUUAUUAAGUAUAUAUAUUUGGAUCUUGAUGCCCAGGCUUUGGUGACAAAGUAGGAGAUCGGCGAAGUGAGGCUGAAGAUGCAAUGAGACGUCUCCCUGAGAUCCGGCGGCGGGUUGAAGCCGCCACCGAUGUUACAGAAAGAGCUGCAAAUGCUCUUAAAGGAGCAGAGAAAGAUGCAAAUUUGGCAGCAGGGAAUGCUGGAGAAGCUCAGAGCAUUGCAACUGCCAUACAACUGGUAAUGCCAAAUAUUUUCCUAUGUCAUGCAUAUUAGCCAGGACAAUGGAUUAUGAUCCAUAUGCCAAGACCAUUGCCUCUCUUAUUUAUUAUGAUUAUAGCAUGGCAUUUAGAUCCUUUACAGAUAUAUCUACCUGCUCUCUAUUUUUUAUUUACUUCUAUAAAAUAGUUUUUUUGUAAUAGUUUUAUAUUACAUACUAUUAACUUCUAAGACUCCCAGUCCAUGUGCUGCAGGCUAAGAAUCUGUGUAAUAAAGCAUCAGUAAGCCAACAUGCCCCUUUAUUUGCUCCAUAGGACAUGUUUCAGAUGGGGAAUGAUGUUAACAAUUCAGCAGAGAUGGCUCUUGCAUUGGAGCGAGAGUUUGCAGAGCUGCGCAGACUGACAAAAGGCACAGGUGAUGAUCUAGAUAGCAGGACUAAGACCGCUGACCUAGACAGUGCUGCGGCAGCUGGGGUAAGACAUCAGAAUGUACAAUGUUUUUAAAGGGAAACUGUUCCUUGCUUUGAUCUAAUACUAGGUUUAAUUAUAGUCAAUAUGUAGCAAAAUAGAUUUUUUUUUGGUUUCUGAAAAUACAUUUGAAUGUGAUGUCACCUUCAAAGUCUUUUAAAAAAAAAAAAUAUAUAUAUAUAUAUAUAUAUAUAUUUUAAACAAAGCAACAUUGUGUUAGAAAAAAGUUAACACACGUAGGCGAUUUUCAGGUUUUAUUGAAUUAUGUAGUUUUCAGAAAAGUGACUUUAAAUAAAUCUGUUUAACCCCUUAAGAACCAAACUUCUGGAAUAAAAGGGAAUCAUGACAUGUCACACAUGUCAUGUGUCCUUAAGGGGUUAAAAAAAUCGUAUGUCCAUACAUAAUAAUAAAGAAUGCAGAAUUCAGAUAUUCCCCUUUGUGCUACCUGUCUGCCUUUCUUUUUUACCCAUUGUAGGAUUCUCUAUAUUUUACAUUCCUUUCUUCCAAUCCUCUAUUCUUAUCUACCUCUUGUCUCUCCAUCAGAUUGCUCAGUCAGCUACAGAAGCUGAGACCAAGGCUUCCGGUGCCAGCGAUGCAGUUACAGCAACCCUUGGUGCUCUGGAUCACGUGCUAAGUUUAAUGAGUAAGUGACAGGCUAAUCAAUUCUCUGGAGGUGUCGGUUUACUCCUGCAUGCACUGAUUAAAUUACAAAUAUAUUAGUAAAUUGAUCCUAUACAUACCGUACCUUGCAGUUAUUCUCUCUGCACGCAUAAUAAAAAACCUUAUUUAGUCAUAGAUGUAACCAAAAUCAACAAAUACAUAUCUGAUGCGCAACACACUAACACACAUCUCUGAGUAAAGGCUCCUUAUGCUUUAUAUAAGGCUACCCAAUUAAACAAGUAGCGUACAGUCCACUUACAUGGAAUAGACCAAUAACCCCCACCAAAUUCACAUUACACAUUCCGGUAAACUCUCUGUAAAACAUUGAUGAAGACUAUACAUUGAACCUAGAGGGGGUGUUUGCUAAACCAGGACAACUUAGAAAGAAAAUGCAGAUUUCAAAGAAAAGAAAGCUGAUUUGGAGAAUUUUUCCAGUUACUAUGACCCAGCAUUUGCAGUUUUUUUUGUUUUUUUUUACCAUUGCACUUUCCCUGGAUAAAUAGCAUAUAUACUUAUCAAAACUUAACAAACCACAUAAUUAACAUCUUGUAUCACUGUGGCACCAGGGGACACUCUUUAGGCACUAUGACCACAUCAACUCGUUGAAGUGGUCAUAGUGCCUAGUCUCUCCCUUUAGCUUUUUGCAAUUUUUUUUCGUUAAAUUAUCGGAUAGCAGCCGGUGGGCUAAAUUCUACUAUAGCAGUUAAACAUAUCUCUGUUUUUAACACGUGUUUGUUACAUCAAUGGGAGAACUAAUAUUGUAUAAACCAGGGUUUAGUCUAAUUUUAAUCCCCAACGCUUUUAUGUUGCAGUUAUUAAUUUAAACACCCAGGCCAUUGUUUCUCCUUCUGUUAUCCUUGUCUUUCUUUAAAGGACAAGUUUUCCUGUGCAACAACAUUGUACACAGACUUCAUAUAAUGCUGUUUCAUGUUUGGAAAAUACUGCACAUAUAUCCCAAACUUCAACCUUACUUUUUUUGACUUCCUCUAGAAACCUCUUUUAUAUUUUAAAACUCUUAAUACCCAAUAUCAGACUAUUACAACCAAAUGAUUCACAAUUCUCUCUAUUUCAAUAGCUAAACUUGAGAAUUAAUAAUAUACGUUUCUACCUUCAAAAAACGUUUUGUUAUAGCCAAGACAUGCUCAACUCCUAUUGCCGUCAAUGGGAAUUUGACUGCCUGUGACCUCUGAAGGCUGCAGUUAGUUUUUCAGAGUUCAGCUAGUCACUGAAUAUCUAUGGAUAAUCCAAAUGGAACCACUGAAAUAUGAUGGUGUAUUUUGUCAGUAUUAGGUUUAGUUAAUGCAAGAGGUGACAAUAAUCAGGAAUCACAGGCAUAGUGUAUACUGGGUGUGAUUUGUACCAGAUGAAUUCACCCAAUAUAAAAAAAGUGAUUCAUCCUGCAAAUAAAUAAAAUUGCUUAUCUUCGGUUACUGCUAUUUAUUUCUGAACUUGUUAUAACUGUGUACUCCUAUUAAGAUGUAGUCCUCUUUUAGAUACAUGACUGUUCUUUCUUUGCAGAUUCGCCUCAGGCGGGUGAUGAGGAAGGCGUGCGUACUCUGGAGCGCAGUCUGAAAUCAGCUCGCAGUCAGCUCUAUGAUCGUCUCAAACCAGCUCUGGAAGAUAUGGAACUGGCAGCUGUCCGUCAAAGGCAAAGAAUUCUCAGCCUUGACACAGAAAUCAGUGAGACCCUCAUCGACAUACAGAACCUGAGGGACAUUGUUGCCACCCUGCCUCCUGGAUGCUACUCCACCACAGCUAUCGAAAGACCCUAAAAGCUCCCAAGACAAGGAAAAGACUGGUAUAGAAGAGAUACUAGAUAAUAAGAAUCAUUGGACCAUCCAAGACAAGGAAAAGACUGCUGAAUGGUAUAGAAGAGAUAUUAAAUAUUCACUGGGUCAUUAAACAUACCAUGAGAAUUGUGAUUCCAUCCAGGGGACACUGAAAAUGUACCAUUCAUGCUACAGAGCGGUCCAGUGUUUGUAUUUGUAAUGAAGGGCUGUGUGCAUGUUUGAUGUGACAUUCAUUUUCCUAUGGGUACAUUGGACGGAAGGAGUCUAAAUGUGUAAGAGGAGAGACCAUACAUGUACUACUUGAUUUCUAUUUAUUUAUUAAUAAAAUAUAACCAAAUAAUGGCACUUUGUUUUGUGAUGACACCACAUUUCACACAUUUCUAGCAAAGCAAAAUCUUUAUUGAUAAAACAGCAACAAUAUGAACAAAACUCAAUACAAUAGUCAAAGAACUGCUCAACUAACCACUUCCUUGGCAGACAUUGUAUCGCAAGAUUAUUUUAUUUGUAAAUUAAAUUAGCCCUCCUGUGAUUUUACCCACCCUAUAUGUCUCCCUUGUUAUCCCCCAUGCUGAUCAUAUGCUGCUGAAACAGUUGAUAUACAUGAAAAGCACCUGUUUCAUAUUUCUUCUCACCUUUAACGCAGGAUACAAAAUAUUUACUGCAGGCCUACAUUAGAAUUUCAUCUGCCCUGAAGGAUGCAUGUUUUAGAAAUGACCACUGAUUAAAAGGUUGUGUGGUAACCCUAAAAGGUUACAAUUGAAGCACUUAUAACUAAAAAGAGAUGGAUCAAUCAAAUCAGCAUGUACUGGAGGUUAAAGCAGAUCUUUGGGCUACCUGGGCUCUAGGAUUGUUGGAACGAUGAAUAUUUCAAGUUUUAGGAUUGUUGGAACUGAUGAAUAUUUCAAUUUUUUUGGAAUGAUAAGCCAGUAUUCUUUAUGACACCUAGUAUGUACAUGGCUAGGCAACGAUGAACUUGAGAUGUGGACCAAAUCCCAAUGGGAUUUGUAUCCUACAGCACCUUCAGUUCAAGUGGUUACCCUUUUUCAAUUUCUGUAUACCAACUGUUAUCAAACACAUUCUCUAUGGCAAAACAUUGGUCAGCGAUUAAGGCUUGCCCACUAAUUUGGGGGGAAAUUGGUUAACACCUGCAAUGAUGGUGCUGGAGAACAUCAUUCAACUGUAUGUUUUGGAUAUAUUAACUGGUACAGCAAAAUACCUUAGUGGCAUGUAGUACACAUGAUAUCAUUUUAUUCAUGUGCUGACAUUAUGAAGAGAAAAUUCCCACCAUAUUUGACAUAUCAAAACCUAGCUAAACAUAAUGUCUAUUUUUAGAUACUUUUCAAUUUGUAAAGCAUUCAUGUAAAAUUACUGUAUUUCGUAAGAGUUUAACUGAAUUUUUGGAAGCCUGAUACGAUCCGAUUAAAAGGUUGCAUUCUAUACAUAUAUGACAACAAUAUUUAAUGCAACCUAAUUCUCUAAGAUGCAAGCCCUUAGUGUGUGAUAAAAUAGGACAGAUUUUUUUUCUUGUCAUUAAAUUAAUCCCUUAGGUGUAAAAAGAUACAGCCCUGCACAGAACCAUCCAACUGCCGGAAAGAAAAUGAACUAUUUACAAAGUUUAACGUGACAUUCUACCACGACGGGGACUAUGUCAUACAACUGUCUGUGCCUUGUUUAUUUUAUCUUACAUGCCAUUAAAUGGAACUGCACCUUAUCUUCAUAUUUGUUCUUGUGCUGGAUGUCCUAUUUUCAAUGUUUCAUUUUUAUGUAAUUCAUUUUUUUCUUCUUCAUUUUUGCUUUCCUAUAAAUCCCUGCACGUUACUGAAUAGUUGCAUGCUCGUCCCUCCCAGUCAGGAGGUUAAUAUACAUUUUGAUAACACCAUAGAAAUAGGGGCACAGCAAGAACAUGCUUGUCACGUGCAGUAAUCUUGCAGUGGUUAGACAAUAACAUUCCUGGGUUACUAUUACCCAUAGUCCAGUAGGAAAUAGUGUGAUAGAAACAGAAUUCAUGAUAGGUUCUUGAAGUGCCUUCAGCAAGAAUUAUGGCCCUGUUGUAUCAGUAUGUGAAAUACUGGAUAUUAAUUAAAGGUGAUCAACACUUUCUGUAUAAAUCUGAAACCCUGGGAAUAAAAAUCACCAGCUGAAUAAUUAUAAACACAUUCAGUGUGGCACUUUUUUGCCAUGCACUAUAUGAGUUACACAUUAUUCCAUCUUCCUUCUAUUAAAGAGUAAAUUGAUCUGAUGUUUAAACCCACCAGAAAUAAGACACCCUCAAACACUCACUGAGGUGUGUGCCCCAUAUACCCUGGGCAUCGGCAUCAAUACAUCUUUAGUGGAAUGAAAGGGGCAGAGAGUAGAAGUGGAUGAGCAGUAAUAAAUGAGGAACGAGUGUUCGUACAGGUGGUAUGACCGAUGAGGAAAUAGUGGGGAGUAGUAAUUAGUAAUACAUUGUGAUGACGAGGAGAGAGAGCACUGAGCUACACCGGGCACAUUUUCUGUAGAGGACGUCAGCCCGAUGUGUUAAUGUAGAGCUGGCUUUUCAAGACGUAAUCAAUGACCGGCUGCGACAAAUAAUCCACCACGUGUCCGUCCCCAUGCUGCAAAGCCAGCCUAAAUG